AUGAAAGUGAAAGUGCCCCUCCCUCAGUCCUGACUACAUUUUAAUGGAGCUUUUUGUAACGUUAAAACAAUUCUUUAACGCCAGGCGGAAGCGGUGCUAUUAAGGAGUAAAGAUGGAGUAAAGAUUAAGGAGUAAAGAUGAGUGAUUUUUUUAAAAAUAGAAUCGAUUUAUAUUUAAAAAAAAAUCAGCUGCAGGAAAUCGUAGCUGUUGUCCCUUCAGUCUACUUUUCAGUAGGAUUAUCAUGCUUUCCAGAAGAAGAGUGACAGUUGCUCUUCAGGACUCAGCUAUAUGUUUGUGCAUCAUAUACUAAUAGUCAAAGAUGCAGACUCCUGAUCUGGACACAGAUAUUGUUUCCCCACACUCAAGCAACUGUAAACUCCAGGGAAAGCGACCAGAAUUACCAGCACCAAGCUGUACCUCCAUGAAGAGUGAUCGGUCUAUGGACGUUCCUUGGACAUUUAAAGACCGAGACUGCUCACUUCUGCACAGUGUUCUACUGAAGGCAGAAGAGAAAAUAGAAAAGAACAUCACAGAUACAGGACAUGAUCCAGAAUCUGUGGCUAUAAAUGAAAUCCAGAAAAAUUUCAAGUUAAAUCUGAUGAAAUUUCGGAGUCUGCAUGGAGUGAUAAUAAACCCGGGAACCCAAACACUCCUGAGUGAGAUCUACACAGAGCUCUACAUCACAGAGGGAGACAGUGGAGAAGUUAAUAAUGAACAUGAGGUGAGACAGAUUGAGGCAGCAUCCAGGAGAACAACAACAGAGGAAACACCAAUCAAAUGCAAUGACAUCUUUAAGCCUUUAUCUGAACAAGAUGAAUCCAUCAGAACUGUGCUGACGAAGGGAGUCGCUGGCAUCGGGAAAACAGUCUCUGUGCAGAAGUUCAUUCUGGACUGGGCUGAAGGGGAAGCAAAUCAGGACAUUCACUUCAUAUUUCCACUUCCUUUCAGAGAGCUGAAUUUGAUGAAGGACCAGAAAUGGAGUCUGAUGGAGCUCCUUCAUGUCUUUUUUAAGGAAACAAUAGAAAAAGAAAUGUUGAGUUCAAAAAAGGUUUUGUUCAUUUUUGAUGGAUUGGAUGAGUGUCGUUUUCCUCUAGAUUUCCAGAACACAGUGAAAGUGUGUGAUGUAACUGAAUCAGCAUCAGUGCCUGUGCUGCUGAUAAACCUGAUCAGAAGGAAUCUGCUUCCCUCUGCUCUCAUCUGGAUCACCUCCCGACCAGCAGCAGCUGAUCAAAUCCCCUCUGACUAUGUGCAUCGUGUCACAGAGGUACGAGGGUUCAGUGACCCACAGAAGGAGGAGUACUUCAGGAAGAGGAUCAGUGAUCAGAGCCUGGCCAAUAACAUCAUCACACACCUGAAGUCAUUAAGAAGCCUCUACAUCAUGUGCCACAUCCCUGUAUUCUGCUGGAUUUCAGCCACUGUUCUAGAGAGAAUGUUGGGUAAAGGAGAUAGUGGAGAGAUCCCCAAGACUCUGACUCAGAUGUAUACACACUUCCUGAUCGUUCAGACAAACAUCAUAAGAGAAAAAUAUUCAGAGACAAAGGACAGUAGUAAAAAAAUGCUUCUUAAACUGGGACAACUGGCUUUUCAGCAGCUUAUGAAAGGGAACCUGAUCUUCUAUGAAGAAGACCUGAGAGAGUGUGGCAUUGAUGUGACAGAAGCGGUAGUGAACUCAGGUGUGUGUACUCAGAUCUUCAGAGAAGAGUUUGGGCUUCAUCAGAGUAAAGUGUACUGCUUUGUACAUCUGAGUGUUCAGGAGCACCUCGCAGCUUUGUAUGUGCACCUAACAUUCAGAAUUAAAAAGCAAAAUGUUUUUGUUCUGUAUCAGUCAUCUAAACUGAAAGAAAAUACAAUCUCAGAUCUACACAAGAUUGCCGUGGAUCAGGCUUUAGAAAGUCCGACUGGACAUCUAGAUCUUUUUAUUCGCUUUCUUCUGGGUCUUGCACUGAAGUCCAAUCAGAAUCUCAUAUUUGCUUUAGUAACACAGACAGGAAGUAGCUCUCAGAACAUAGAGGUUAUCAGAACAGUUCAAUACAUUAAGAAGAAGAUAAGUGAAGAUCUUCCUACAGAGAAAUCCAUCAAUCUGUUCCACUGUCUAAAUGAACUGGGUGAUAAUUCUCUAGUGGAGGAAAUCCAACUCUACCUGAAGUCUAGAAAACAAAGGAAACUCUCUUCUUCACAGUGGUCUGCUCUGGUGUUUGUGUUACUGACAUCAGCACAGGAGCUAGAAGAGUUUGACCUGAGUAAAUAUAUCAGUACAGAUAAGAUCACAGAAGCUGUUCUUCUGAAGGUGAUGCCUGUGAUUGCAGAAUCCAGAAAAGCAAUUAUCAGGUGUGAUUCACUUGGUGUGAAAAGUUGGUCAGCUCUGGCCUCAGUGCUCAGCUCAGAAACCUCCAAACUAAGAGAACUGCAUCUGACUGUGAAAAUACUGGAUCUGACUGGGAAUAAACUAGGAGAUUCAGGAGUGAAGUGUCUCUCAUCUGUAUUGGUGAAUCCACACUGUAAACUGGAGAAACUGAGGUUGUAUAAGUCUGAUGUCUCAGUAGAAGGCUGUAAUGCUUUGGCUUCAGCUCUGAGAAUAAACCCCUCAUAUCUGAGAGACCUGAAUCUGUCCUUUAAUAAAGUAGGAGACUCAGGAGUGAAAUGUCUCUCUGCUGUACUGGAAAAUCCUCAAUGUAAACUUGAGGCACUGAAGUUGUGUAAGUGUGGCAUCUCAGAUGAAGGCUGUGCUGCUCUAAUGUCAGCUAUGAGAUCAAACCCCUCACACCUGAGAGACCUGAAUCUGUCCUAUAAUAAUAUGGGAGACUCAGGAUUGAAGUGUCUGUCUGCCGAACUGGAGAAUCCUCACUGUAAACUGGAGGCACUGAGGUUGUUGGGUUGUGGUGUCUCAGAUGAAGGCUGUGUUGCUCUGACUUCAGCUCUGAGAUCAAACCCUUCACACCUGAGAGAGCUGGAUAUGUCCUUUAAUAAUCUAGGAGACUCAGGAGUGAAGUGUCUCUCUUCUGUACUGAAGAAUCCUCACUGUAAACUGGAGAUGCUGGGGUUGUAUAAGUGUGGGGUCUCGAAUGAAGGCUGUGCUGCUCUGACAUUAGCCCUGAGAUCAAACCCAUCACACCUGAGAGAACUGUAUCUGUCCUUUAAUAACCUAGGACACUCAGGAAAGAAGCUGCUCUCUGCUCUUAAGGAUGAUAAACAUUACAAACUACAGAUUCUGAGGAUGUAAUGAACAUCUGCAUGUGUGAUGAAGACUCCAGUGUUCCUGCAUUUCAUGUUGGGGAACAGACUACACAUUUACAGUAUAAACACAUCAAACAUUUAGUUACUUUUCACUUAUUUUCACUCAUUUAGUUAAUCCAGACGCCUGAGAUAGGCACAGGCUCCUCGUGACCCGAGGUAGUUUGGAUAAGCGGUAGAAAAGAAUGCAUUUAAUUAAAAAAAUGCAAAAAUCUUUUUUAUUUGUUCUAUUUUAUGAAGGCGGUCUUGGGUUCACCUCCACCUCUUCCUUACUGUACAUGACACACCCCUCCUAUCUUCCUUCCUGACUCACCACUCCAAUUUUAUUCAGGGCUGGAGACAGCACUGAGAGCUAGCUGUUCAGUGACUGCGUUACCUCCCUGAACAGGAAUUGAACCCAGGCUAUGGAAAUGAGAGUGCAGGAUCCUGCAGUUGGACGAACAGGAAAUUGACAUUACAAUGUGCUGUAUCUUCUUCUUCUUUCGGCUUUUCCCGUCAGGGGUCUCCACAGCGAAUCAUCUCUCUCCACCUAUCCCUAUCUUCUGCAUCCUCAACAUUUGCACCCACUAGCUUCAUAUCCUCAUUAAUUACAAUGUAUACAUCAGACAAAUCAAAGUCACAAAAGACAAAUUUGAUUAUUUCAAACUUAAGUAUAAACAAGAUUUAAAAUGAGUGGAUACUAGUUGCUAAUUGACUUUGUUAAAACUAAAACCUAAGCAUUACAAUACAGUAGUUAGGAAAUCAAAAGUUAAAGGUUAAGGCAAUAUUGUGGCCUUGACCAGUAUGAACAAAACUACAUGUGCAGCAGUAUUGUCCAAUAGAUGACUGAAACAUUUUCUUAAUCUGGCUAUUUCCUAUAAUUCCGGUCGCUUUAAGGCAGGAAAACAUGACAAACAUUGAUGAUUAUUGUCAUUACCUCCUUCCUGGAAAAUGUUUUUGAUUUAGCACUUUGAAUAUUAAAUUAUUGUCACCUUUCUCUACA